AUCUACAAAAAGUGAAAAAAACAAAAAACGAAAAAAACUAAAAAGAAAAAAAAAAAAUAUGAAAAAUAUCGUGAGAAAAAGAUAAAGUAAAAGAUCUUCUCAGUAAUACGAAGGAGGAAAUCGGUGAAACGUGUGAUGCAACUUUUCAAGAACUAUAAUACAUAUACAUAUAUGUAUAAUAUAUCUAAUGUAAGAUAUCAUAGAACGAUGAAUUCUUAUCUCGAAUGGUGGUGUGGGGGAAAUGAAGAAAAUGAAAGAGACUUAUAAGAGAAAACGAGUCAUUCCAAAUUUGUUCUCAUGUGUGAUUCAACGAUAUAUCAUCAAAGAAAAUAUAUGAAAGAUCUUAAUUUGACAAAGUGUGUGUUCUCUGACUUGUUAAAGUGAUGCUGGAUUAGAUAAUAAUAGUAGUAAUAACAGUAGUAGUAGUAGUGUGUUGGUGUGAUGAUAUGAUGGUUGAUAGUGAUUGUGUUAUCGAUCAACAAAAAUGGAUAUUACGAUUAUUCGAAUUUCCCUGCAUUGGAAAAGUCCAGCACGAGUAUAUAUACCUAACCUUAUACUGUCAAUUGUUUUUUCUUCUUUAUAUUUGCGAGGAAAUUCUCGAGCCGAAAGCAAAAUAAAAACAUCCAGCAAUACAUUCGACACUUCAAGAAGAAUAGACAGAGAGAGAUUUCUAUUCCCCUUCCGUUCUUCAACGAGCUAACGACAACAACAAAAAUUCGUCGAUAUGAUAGGAAGCUGUUCAACCAGUUCAGAGUCUUCGCUGUUAGAUGGCGCCACUCGCGGUACUGUCCCUACUCUUAUCAAGGGCAACGUUAAGGUCUUACCUGAAUUUCAUUUAUCCGAAUCUAAAGUCAAACCAAACACCAACGAUGAGGUCAGGGUUUUCAAAACUUAUGAAAAACCCAUUACUUAUGUUGUACGUCCUGUUGAAAGGUGCAUACGAAGACACAUUUAUUAUAAUGACAGCAUUAAUUAUUCGAUUAAUAAUCGAUUAUCCGAAUCUCAAAUUCCCAUCAACAGCGUGGAAGAGGAUUCUAAUCAUCUCAAUCCUGCCAAUUUAAUAUACAUGGGUUUUUCUAGAUUGAUACGGUCUUUCAGGGAUUUAUUAUCAAUCAAUUCUAGAAACCAUGAACACCAUGGGACACGAUGGUUCUCUGAUAUUCAUGGAAGAAGAUGCUUUAACAUUUCCAAUUGGUUUCCAAAAAUGUGUUCCUGUCUCGACAGCAGGUCAACAGCGACCGGUGGCCGAUCUGCAACAACAAGGGAAAGUACCUACGAAAGGCUCAGUUCAGCACCUACGAUUUUUGAAAUCAGCAGAAUGAUGCAAAGAGCACGAAGAAGGGUCAAUAGUCAAACUGAAGAAUUAGAAGUUUUGGAUCAAGAAAAACAGGAAGAACUAAGAUUUUACAACGACGACGAAACAUGGACUGCAGUGGUCGUCGAAAAGAAUUUACGUUGCAUCGAUUUAUGCGAACUUCUUAAAGUUAAAAAGAACGUAUCAGGAAUUGCAUGGUCUAUCGUUGAAACAUGGCCUGAAUUAGGAUUUGAACGAACGUUGGAAGACCACGAGGACAUAUUGGCUGUACAUAGAGAAAUGGAAACGUUUGCACCACAUCACGAAAGAAAAUUUUACUUCCGUCAGGACUUUCUUAAAUACGAGUUCUUCAUUAAACCAAAGCAAUUUUUCCCUGCAGAAAUGGUUGCCUUUCCUAACGUUGAGGAUAUUGGAACAUUUGCAGAAGUGGAAAGUGCCUUAAGGGCUUACCUGUCCCGCGAUAACGGCGAGUGCCCGCAGGUGUACAGUCCGGUCUGGAUGAAGGACGGGAGCUCGACAACUUGGAAAAAGCUGUAUAUGCUGUUACGAGACCGGAAACUCUAUACGAUGAAGAAGAAUACCGGAGCAUUUCCAAAACGGCCAACAGAAAGCGAUUUGCUGAACCCAAUUGCUCGGCUUUCGGACUAUCACAUAUACAGAAUUCCCAACGCAAAGAAAUAUUUUACCGCCCCAUUCGAGUGGGGCGCCUGUCUUAGGCCAAGUAGCAACUCUGAGGCCGAAGACACGGAAACUGGUGAGCACGGGCUCAAGGUUAUCGCCUUUAACAGCGAAAAGGCACGGGCUUGUUGGCUUACAGCCAUGAGGCUCGCCAAGUACGGAAAACAGUUAAGGGAGAACUACAGGGCCUUCAAAAAUAAGCAGUGUGAACAACCAUCAGGAAGCCCUAAGGAUCAAUUCGGGAAUUACAACGUCACCAACGAAUCAGUGAGAUCCCGUGUAGCAAUGGACUUUACUGGUAGCGUUGGUAGGAUAGUUGAAGAUCCAAAGGAAGCAAAGGACAUAGCCGAGAGUGAAGGUAUAAUCUGGCGACGAAGAUGGAGGCCUUUUUCACGUACACCAUCAGGCUGUGCAAUGGUCAGGCUUCAUGGUCUUGAUGGUGGUAUACACGUUCUCCAACCUUGGUUUCAUGGUGGCCUCAAAAGGGAUAUCGCGGCUGCCAUUAUUAGGGAUCAUGGCUCGGUUGAUGGAGUCUUCCUGGUUAGAGAGAGCAAAAGCAAUCCUGGGGCCUACGUCUUGACUUACAAGUACAGCGACAAGGUCUUUCACGCUCAGAUUCAGCCGGUAUACGACGAAAGACGCAACUGUUGGUUGUACACAUUGGACAAGGGUGCUACGAAAUUUUACGAUCUCCUACAAUUGGUUGAAUUUUACCAAUUGAAUUCGGGUUCUUUGCCAACUCGUCUAACCCAUUACGUUCAAACCGGUGUACCAACGCCAAUACCAAGGCCCGAAGAUGGAGGUGCAUCACCGUCACCUGCUGACGCCACUCAAAGAUUCAGCGUUAAGACAGAAUCAGCGAGUAUUUGAGUAUAGGAGAACCAGCGACCCGUUACUGUGAACGUCGAACAUGUAGUACCAUCAUCAACAACUACAACUACUACUACUACUACUACUACAACUAACAGAAUUGUUAACGUUCCUUCAGAUAUUGAUGAUAAUGAUAAUAACGAGGAAAAUCUUCUCGUUAAUAACAACAAUAAUAUUAGAAAUAACAACAACAGAAUAAAUGUUUUAGCAGAACCAAGAAGGGCUACGUUAAAUGGUACACCAACUAUCAUAACUGUUGUUGACGUAAUAGAAAAUCAUCAUCAUCGAUUGGAACGACGUCAACGUUACAAUUUAAAUGAUGAUAAUAAUGUGCACAAAUUAAAUGGUCAUUUUCGACAACAACAACAACAACAACAACAACAACAACAACAACGAGAACAACAACAACAGGAAAGACGUUCGAAUACACGAUCGGGUUGCUGGAAUCUUUGCCUUUGCAGUUACAAGUGGGACUUGUAACUCUCACUUUUAUUAUUAUUAAUAUAUUUAAUUCAUUGAAUCUUCAAACAACCAAAAAAAAAAUAAUAAUAAUAAAUAACGUCACUUUUGCAAUCAUCUCUACGACGAUACGUUCCUACAUCUCAUCAAUUUUGAGUAAAGAAGAGGAGGAUUCAUAUUUUUUUUUUUUUUUUAUUUCAAAAGAGGCUCGCCAUUCAAAUCUUUCAAACUUUUUGGAACGAGUUUGAUUGAUUACCUGUGUUUAAUUAAUUAUAUGACGUGUCGUCGUAUAUUAUAAUUCGGGGGAUGAAGAUUAACAUGAUUUUGUGUUUGUUCUUUUCUACGAACGAUUAUAACUCGAUGUUUAAAAAUAAUCGAUCUUUCGACCCUCCGUCAAUC